GGCACCAUGACCGCCCCGCCUUGCCCUGUGCCGUGUGCGCGUGAGGAGUGCCUGCCCGGGGUCCCCCGGCACGUGCCGGUGAUGGCGGGCGGCCCCACGUGAGCCCGCCAAGGAGCGCGCGACGGCCCCGACCAUGUUGCGGAACGGGGCCGGGGGCGGCGGGGGCCACACGUGGAUGCUGUGGUGCUCCACGCGCAGCCGCCUCACGUGGCUGAGCUUUGCACUCUUCGUGCUGCUCGUGUGCUUCCCGCUCAUCGCCCACUACUACCUCACCACGCUGGACGAGGCCGACGAGGCGGGCAAGCGCAUCUUUGGGCCGAGGGCGGGCGGCGAGCUGUGCGAGGUGAAGCACGUGCUGGACCUGUGCCGCAUCCGCGAGUCGGUGAGCGAGGAGCUGCUGCAGCUGGAGGCCAAGCGGCAGGAGCUCAACAGCGAGAUCGCGCGGCUCAACCUCAAGAUCGAGGCCUGCAAGAAGAGCAUCGAGAACGCCAAGCAGGACCUGCUGCAGCUGAAGAACGUCAUCAGCCAGACGGAGCACUCCUACAAGGAGCUGGUGGCGCAGAACCAGCCCAAGCUCUCGCUGCCCAUCCGCCUGCUGCCCGAGCGGGAUGACGGGGGCCUGCCGCCGCCCCGGGCCGCCCGCGCCUGCCGGCUGCACAACUGCUUCGACUACGCGCGCUGCCCGCUCACCUCGGGCUUCCCUGUCUAUGUCUACGACAGCGACCAGGCCGGCUGGGGCGGCGCCCUGGACCCCUUGGUCAAGCAGGCCUUCCAGGCCGCGGCUCGGGCCAGCGUGUACGUCACGGAGAACGCCGACAUCGCCUGCCUCUACGUGGUGCUGGUCGGGGAGCUGCGGGAGCCCCCCGAGCUGCGGCCGGCCCAGCUGGAGCGGCGCCUGCAGGCGCUGCCCCACUGGCGCUCGGACGGCCGAAACCACGUCCUGGUCAGCCUGGCGCGGCGCUCCCACACCCAGAACCUGCUGUACAACGUCAGCACCGGGCGGGCCAUGGUGGCCCAGUCCACCUUCUACGCCGCCCAGUUCCGGCCGGGCUUCGACCUGGUGCUCUCGCCGCUGGUGCACGCCAUGGCCGAGCCCAACUUCCUGGAGAUCCCCCCGCAGGUGCCCGUGAAGCGCAAGUACCUGUUCAGCUUCCAGGGCGAGAAGCUGGAAUCUCUGCGCUCCAGCCUGCAGGAGGCCCGCUCCUUCGAGGAGGAGGUGGAGGGCGGCCCGCCCGCCGACUACGACGACCGCAUCAUCGCCACGCUCAAGGCCGUGCAGGACAGCCGGCUGGACCCCGUGCUCGUGGACUUCACCUGCCGGAACCCGCCGCGGCCCAGCCUGCCCACCGAGUGGGCGCUGUGCGGGGCGCGAGAGGACCGCCUGGAGCUGCUGCGGCUGUCCACCUUCGCCCUCAUCAUCGCGCCCGGCGACCCGCGCCUGCUGGUCUCGGCCGGCGGCGCCACGCGGCUCUUCGAGGCGCUGGAGGCGGGCGCCGUGCCCGUGGUGCUGGGCGAGCAGGUGCAGCUGCCCUUCCAGGACGUGCUACAGUGGAACGAGGCCGCCCUGCUGCUGCCCAAGCCCCGCGUGGCCGAGGUCCACUUCCUGCUGCGCAGCGUCUCGGACGGUGACCUGCUGGCCAUGCGGCGGCAGGGCCGCUUCCUCUGGGAGACCUACUUCUCCACGGCCGACAGCCUCUUCAGCACGCUGCUGGCCGCCGUGCGCACCCGCAUCCAGAUCCCGGCCGCGCCCAUCCGAGAGGAAGCGGCCGCCGAGAUCCCCCACCGCUCGGGCAAGGCGGCGGGCACGGACCCCAACCUGGCCGACAACGGGGACCUGGACCUGGGGCCCGUGGAGACGGAGCCGCCCUACGCCUCGCCCCGCUACCUGCGCAACUUCACGCUCACCGUCACCGACGUCUACCGCAGCUGGAACGCGGCCCCGGGCCCCUUCCACCUCUUCCCGCACACGCCCUUCGACCCCGUGCUGCCCUCCGAGGCCAAGUUCCUGGGCUCCGGCACGGGCUUCCGGCCCAUUGGCGGCGGGGCCGGCGGCUCUGGCAAGGAGUUCCAGGCGGCGCUGGGCGGCAACGUGCCACGGGAGCAGUUCACGGUGGUGAUGCUGACGUACGAGCGCGAGGAGGUGCUCAUGAACUCGCUUGAGCGCCUCAAUGGCCUCCCGUACCUCAACAAGGUCCUGGUGGUCUGGAACUCGCCCAAGCUGCCCUCCGAGGACCUGCUGUGGCCCGACAUCGGGGUGCCCAUCAUGGUGGUCCGCACCGAGAAGAACAGCCUGAACAACCGCUUCCUGCCCUGGGCCGAGAUUGAGACGGAGGCCGUCCUGUCCAUCGACGACGACGCCCACCUCCGCCACGACGAGAUCAUGUUCGGGUUCCGGGUGUGGCGAGAGGCGCGGGAUCGCAUCGUGGGCUUCCCUGGCCGCUACCACGCCUGGGACCUCCCGCACCAGUCCUGGCUCUACAACUCCAACUACUCCUGUGAGCUGUCCAUGGUGCUGACCGGGGCCGCCUUCUUCCACAAGUAUUACGCCUACUUGUAUUCGUACGUGAUGCCACAGGCCAUCCGCGACAUGGUGGAUGAGUACAUCAACUGCGAAGACAUCGCCAUGAACUUCCUGGUCUCCCACAUCACGCGGAAGCCCCCCAUCAAGGUGACAUCGCGCUGGACCUUCCGCUGCCCGGGCUGCCCGCAGGCGCUGUCCCACGACGACUCGCACUUCCACGAGCGCCACAAGUGCAUCAACUUCUUCGUCAAGGUGUAUGGCUACAUGCCUCUGCUCUACACGCAGUUCCGCGUGGACUCGGUGCUCUUCAAGACCCGCCUGCCCCACGACAAGACCAAGUGCUUCAAGUUCAUCUAGGGGUACGGCAGGUGGAGCGCGGCCGUGUGAAGGGGCGAGGCUCCAGGGCCCAGAGCGGGAAGAGCCGGAGGAGGCGCGGCCCCGACGGCCUGUGGGCUGACCCUCGGGCCCCCGUUCACCCGAGGGGCACGAAGUCACGUGCCCACAGCAGCGGGUCUCGGUCCCUAAACUCGGUCACAGCUGCAAUGGUGGCCUGAAGGAGGCGUCACGCCUGGGCCGUUCGAGGCUUAUUUAUACCCGUGUGCUCGCACACGGCUCACGGACGUCUGUGCACAUGCACGCACACACACUCACAUGCAGAGGCGGGGCGGAAGCUGGAGAUGGGACCGGACGUUGCCCUGAGGAGCCUGGCCAGUCUGUAGCUGAGAAACAGGCAGCCCCCGAGCCCUGGGGCUGGGCCAACCAUGGCCAGCACUGUCCAUCCCACUGUCCUCUGCUGGCCCCUGGAUGAGCUGGUUCUGGAGGGUUCCGUCAGGCCAUGCUCUGCCCCCCCUCCUGUUUCCUGCUUUUGUCGGUGAGGAAUGAGACCUGGAGCCAGUGCUCCCCUGGGGUUUCGUGUCCCUUUCCGGACAGGCCGUAUGGGCCCCAGGCUGCCCUGCAGGCUGUGGGGACACCCCGCUGGCCGGGGUCACAGCAGGCCCAGCCCCUGUUCCUGUGUGCUGGAAGUGACCACUGGGCCCCUGGGUGGGCCUCGGUGUGGGGGGGUGGGGCUACCUCUCGGCAGGGACUGGCCUGUGUCCUCUUGUUCUGGACCCCACUUUCUUCCAGUGGAGUUGUGGGGGGGGGGUCCCCAGUUGUGAACAGAGCUCGGGCCUGGCCUGGCCAAGCACAUGCCUUAAACUGGUCCCGUCCACCCCAGACUGGCCUCCGGGCUUCUGUAUCUCGGGGCGCAUUUCCCGCUUGUACCAAACGGUCCUCCAGUGUCUCUGGGACACAGGCUGUUUGUUGGCCCCCGUGUGUCCCUGGGACCCCACAGCGUCUAGUUGGAACCCCCCACCCUCCUUCCCUACUCCGAUUCUUUCUUAGCUGUAGCCUUCUCCUGGGGGCCCAGGAGUGAGGUGUCCGCGCUCUCUCCGUGGCUGCUACUUGCGUCUGUCACUGUGUCCUGGAGCGCCCCGAUGGCCUUUCGGGGGGCCUGGGCGGGACCUGAGGUCAGGGCUCACGUCUCCUGUGCUGAGCUUGGCGCUGCCCGUGCCAGUCUGGGGCCUGGCAUGGGGGCCUUGGCCCAAGCAGUGCCUGCUGGGUGUCCCUGAAGGGCAGGGAGGGAGAGGCCGGGACCCCUUUGCUGCUGACCGUGAGCGGGGGCUCCCCAUGCUGGCCGCACCUGCUGCAGCCCCUGCAGACCCCGCGCUUGCUGGCUGCACGCAGGCGUGACGGGCUGUGGCCUGCUGCCCGCCCACUCCUGGGCUGGUGGCCCUUGGCAUCGGCCAGGCAGCCCUGCCCGGCCACCCCCUGCCCCUUCCAAUCACGAGCACAAUGGUCUUACGUUGGAGUUUUGUAAGAAAAUGAAAUAAAUGGAGACUUUAACUCGA